ACGAAGUUUGUGUGAAGCGGAGCGGGCGUGAGCUUCGGCCGCUUCACUGUUGGCGCUGCCGGAUAGACGGAGCGGCAGUUCCACAGACACUGGAAACCUCGUAUAAGUUUUAGAUGAGCCGGAGCGCUCAGUGUGGAUUACCGGGGGCACGGUGGGUGCUGUAGCGGGAUGAAAGGAGCCACCAGGGGCCGCGCGCGCUGGGAACAUCCAAGGCACCAGUAGAGCGCGGCGCGGCGCGGCGCGGCGCGGCGGAGCGCGCGCACCGGGAGCGGACGGGGCCGCGACGGGAUCGGUCCCCUCCUGAUGACAAAGCGGGUGACCUGACCCAUGAGUAACUCGGGGUGAGGCUUCGCCCCCAGAGCCAAGAUGGUCUUCUUUUUCCCACUGAAGAAACUGCGGCGCAACGGCAAGUGUCUCCUGAGCGCCGCGAUUCUGCUCUUCGUGACCGUGGCCGUCUACCGUGAGAUGUUCGCGGCCAGGGAGCGUCCCGGCGACAGCGGUAUGGAUCCUGAUGUUGAGACCAGCUUGAAGAGAGCUUUGUUUGACCAAAAGAAAAGAAGCUUUGAUCCCGACUACGUGGUGGAUUCAGGCGCCUGGAGCUCCAACUACGUUCCACAGGCCUGGAAACCAGAGUACCUGCAGCACGCCAACCUGCACGUCUUUGAGGACUGGUGCGGCAGCUCCACCGCCGACCUGCGCAAAAGCCUGCACUUCCCACUUUAUCCUCAUUCCAGGACCACAGUACAGAAGCUGGCCGUCUCUCCCCAGUGGACCAACUAUGGCCUCAGGAUAUUUGGUUACCUGCAUCCAUAUGCUAAUGGAGCAUUUCUGUUUGCCGUGAGCUCCGAUGACAACUCUGAGUUCUGGCUCAGCACGGACGAGUCUCCGGCCAACCUGCAGCUGCUGGCGUGGGUCGGGAAGACGGGUAAGGAGUGGACGGCCCCAGGGGAGUUUGAGAAGUAUGCCAGACAGACUUCCAGACCGGUUUGGCUUUCCUCUCAAAUGAGGUACUUUUUUGAAGUUAUCCACAAGCAGAAUGAUAAAGGGACGGACCACGUGGAGGUGGCGUGGAGACUUCUGGAAGAAGAGCCCCAAUUUAAGGUCAUUGAAUCCAAGCACAUCUCCCUGUACGUUGAUGAGUCUGCUCUUUUAAUGAGUGAUGUCGUCCACAUACCGCAAACGGCUGCAAGCCACCAACACACCUCCUCCACACAGCAGUACAGUGACGCAGCAGACAUGCUGAUGGAAGACCCACGAGACACUGUUUACAAAGUGCCCUUGAUAAACAGCAAGUUCCUACUUGGAGUUCUGCCCGACUGCACGUACCAGCCCAGCUACACCAUCAAAGACUUCCCUCUAGCCCGUUACCAAGGACUGCGGUUUGUCCACAUGUCGUACGUCUACCCGAAUGACUACACGCGACUCACACACAUGGAGUCAGAGAACACCUGCUUCUACCCCGAGAGCUCCUACUACCUCAACAUGUUUGGCUUCUCAAGAUACAUGAAACUAGAUCGUACUUAUUCACAAGGGAAUGCAAAAGCAGUCAGAGAUUUUGGUUUCCAUGGGAGGAAAACUAUCAUAAAUGAAGAGGAUGACUUUGAUGAAGAGGCCUAUCACAGAGAAAGGGAAGCCAGACUGGACCAAGCAGAUAACAACAUGUUACCUGACUAUGGAGAUGAUUAUGAUGAUUACGGUCAGAAACGCAGACGCAAACUCUUCGCUUUAGUCAUGCAAGAAACCAACAACACCAAACCCAACGCUACUGAUUCAAGAUUAGACCAGGAUCAGCUGAAGGGGAGAGAGCACAGUGACAACAACCCACAGCCGCAGCCGGCACCAGAUGGAUUGCAGGAGUCAUCACACAAACAAAUGCAGGUGGAACCAAAUCAGAUGGAUUCAAACCAAGGCCGCAUUAAAACAGUGAUUAGAAAAAAAACAAAAGGGAAAAGACGACGAAAGAAACAAAAAUCAGUAGCAGCUGUGAGAGUCAAAGAAAAGAAUCCAGAUUCCACGCCAGCGGUCAGAGUCUCUGAGCAGGACCCGGAGUCACGUCAGAUGAACCAUAGCCACAUUCAGGCACAUCAGUCCUUAGAAAGGAAGAGCACUGUGUCUGAAGGACCCACAGAGAUCCAGCAAGCUGCAGAGACGCAGGUUAUAACUCAACAAAGGAACGCCAGACGCUCUAGCUCCAAUCAAAGGCAUGAAGACGACAGAAAACGCCUCAGGGAGAAGGAGAUAGACAAUAACAUGCCUUUACAACAGGACGUAGAGGAAGCCAGCAUCAUUAGAGGCAAGAAGGCCAAGGUUUCCAACAGAACCGGUAACGGGAGAGACGCUCGGUGGGAAGCGGGAGGAGACUUCGACGGCGCCGAUGACGAGGAUCUUACACCGGCACCGUUUGACACCGAGGUCAACUGGAGCCAGACGUUCCAGGUUAAACCCCUGGACCUCCAGCGUCUGCGCUCAGAUUGGAUAGAUCUGAGCUGCAACGUCUCCGGGAACCUGCUGGUCCAAGCGGGCGACGUUCUGCCCGUGGUCAACGCGUUCAUGGAGCAGCUCAUCAGAAAGCACGGCCCGCGCUUCACCCUGGUGCGCGUGGUCAACAUUGUGAAGCGCGUGGACGGGUACAAGGGCAGCCGCUACCUUCUGGAGCUGGAGCUGAAGGAGGUGGACGGGCAGCUGCUGCAUCUCUCGCACUACAUCUACACUCUGAAUCCCCACAGCCGGCGGCACGGCAGGGAGUCCAGGUUCCGACAGCCAAAACCUGAGCUGCUGCUGUGCAACCCGGUGGGCUUCCGCUGGAAUCCUGCCGCCACAGUCCACUUCAUAGUGCCAGUGAAAAACCAGGCUCGCUGGGUGCUGCAGCUGAUCGCUGACAUGGAGGAGCUGCACAGAGAAACGGGCGACUCCAACUUCAACCUCAUCAUCGUCGACUACCAGAGCACCGACAUGGACGUGAGAAAGGCUCUGGGGAAGUCCUCGCUGCCUCGGUACGAGUACGUGAAGCUAACGGGAAACUUCGAGCGGUCUGCGGGUCUGCAAGCAGGUGUCAACCUGAUACAUGAUAACCACAGCAUAGUGUUCCUUUGUGACCUCCACAUCCACUUCCCUUUGUCCAUCAUCCACACCAUCCGGAAACACUGCGUGGAGGGGUACAUGGCCUUUGCUCCCAUAGUGAUGAGACUAGACUGUGGGGCCACACCGCUGGAUGCCAGAGGUUACUGGGAGGUGAAUGGCUUUGGCCUGCUGGGAAUCUAUAAGUCAGACCUAGUGGCAGUGGGAGGAAUGAACACCAAGGAGUACAAAGACCGCUGGGGAGGAGAAGACUGGGAGCUCCUCGACAGGAUCCUCCAGGCCGGACUGGAAGUGGAGAGGAUCUACUUGAGGAACUUCUUCCACCACUAUCACUCCAAACGCGGCAUGUGGAACCGGCGCUUUUCCCCCAGCCACAGGUGACCUUGUCACCUGCUGCUGCGCCGUGACGUUGCCAUGGUUACGGCCACGGCGACCAGAGCACUUUAGGGCCGGAUCUUGGCUCCUGCUACGUGAUCGUGAAACCUGUUGGCUGAAAGGAAAAAAAAAGAGUGGCGCAAAAUGCUGACAUAGGAUUAAAUGUCGUCUUGGUAAAAGGGGAUCAAGGGGCAGCAGUGAAAGCUUUCGCUAAGGACAUAGUGUACUACUGAUGUGCGUAGUUCAAUUCACUGGAUUUACUGUUGACUACUAAAGGGGAACUGUCUCACUAGAUAGACAUACUUCUCUGCACCCUUUCUUACUGAAUGAGCAGAACCGUCGGGUUCCAAGGAGAAGGUGUACAUAAAUGCACACUCCUGUGGUGUCCACACAAGUGUCUUAUUCCAUUAGGUUUACAAGCCUUGCACACAGGCCUUAACUGGAGGAAACAAACGAGUUGCUGUGCUUGUGACUAAAUCAAAUGUUUGACAGUGGAAUGUUAAUUUGGUAAACAGCCUUAUGGGUCAUGUAAAUUAUGGAAAUGUUUAUAUUUAUUAUCAGUGUUUGGUGAUUUGUGUCCAGAAACAAUGACAUUUUUGGAAAUGUACCUCAGUUUGCAUGUUCUGCCUUUUGUGCUCAUUAAUAUUUAAUGUGCCUUCUGCUGCGAUUCAGGUUCUGGGUGCAAUUAUUGUCACGAAAUGCCUUAAACUGGGAUAAACAUUUGAGUGAGGGAUGGAGCAAACUGACAAUGACUUAGAUUUAGAUGGUUAGGUUUGUGUUACGUGUUAUCUCAGUGCUGACAGGUGCUUAAACAUCAGUGCACUCAAGCAGAGCGUUGUGAGAUUUUUUGUCAUGAUUUCUGCCAUUGUCAGGUACCAAACAUUAUUGACUUGUGCAGAGGCUGUUUUAAAGAUCCAGGUUACGAUGAUGCUAAUUUAUUUUUUCACCCACUGAAUCUAACUACUGUUCAGUUUGAGUCUCUCGGUUAAAUCUUUGUUCCACUUUUAACAAAUACAGAAGGAAAUGAGGGUGAAAUGCAUUUCUCGUUGUUCUGUUGUUAUUUUAAACUAAUGGUUGAAUUUUCUGUUCAUUCACAUUCCAGAAUGAAAUGAACUUGUGCCUUUCAGUGCUACAGUUAAAUUUGAACCAUUUGUCACUUACAUUCUGUAACAUGGUGACGUGGCUGAUGGUUUUGCCUUGUAACACUGUCAAAUGUGUUAUGUUUUUUUCUCUCUCUCUUUGCACCAAAGCGUUUGCACUUUUGGUUUGGCCAGAAUGCUUAAUACCUUCCAUUUUCUGUUCUGUUACUUCAAAGAUGUACAGUAUAGACUGUUUUUAUGACACUGCUUUAUUGUGUGCCUCAUUGAGUCUCUUCUCUCAGGGACAACUCUUUUUCAUUCUUUUUUAUUUUUUACUUCUGAAAUCUUGCUUGCUCGAUUUUUAAUCCUGUGUAUAUUUGGCUGCUGUUUAAAUGGUGGAUGACUCAAGAAGAAAUUUUCCAAUACAAAGAUUUUAUCAUAA